CCCCCUCUAUAAAUUCAGCCUCCUCUCAUUGACCUUCAAUUAAUCACCAAAUAAAUGGGAAUUUGUACUUGCGGAAAAAAAACAUCCUUGUUUUGCUUUACCCAUAUCAAGGUGAUUUGCGACGACUGUAUUCUAGAACACCCAAUCUGUCAUGUAGGCGCUUAUCUAGAUUGGUUGGCACUUUCAGAAUGUAUUCAACCCACAUGCGCGGUCUGCUCGGAGUAUCUGAAUGAAGAUGAUCAAACUAUUCGUUUAAAGUGUCAUGAUAUUGAACAUGUUCGGUGUCUAGAAAAAGUCCUGAACGAACAGGCAACUCACGAGACAAAUACAGUUCUCUGCCCUUCCUGUUCAGCAAGCAUUCUACCUAAUCCAAGCGAUCAUUCAAAACUAGCAGCCGUUAUCAGAGAAAGCCUGUGUAGGCUCGGACAUCUUCCAGAGAAUUUGUCUCACGCCCAAAGUCUAGUCAGGCCAGAAGAUGUUCCUAGUGUUAGAGUCAAUGUAAAAGGCACUACAGAAUCCUUGCAAGCAAGAGACGAUCAGCUGAGCCAUCAAUCUGAAGAUGUGCCGAGCUACUGGAAGUAUUUUGAAUCCAGAACUUCUAGAAAGCCAGAGUCCAGUCGAUAUGUAAGCUAUUCAUCGGAAAGUGCAUUGCCUACGGAUAAUCGUCAAAACGUUUCUCCUCAAAACGAAUCGCAUAUAGUCUCAAUUCAGAUGCUCUCACCUUUAGGUAGCAGCAGAAAGAUUAAAAUUUCAAAAUUCUACGAAUAUUUCAAAGCAAGAGACCUAAAAUGGAAGCGUUUAAAAAUCAAGCAUGGAUGUAUCUGUACUACUUUAAUUAUUUUAUUGCUAUCCUUCUAUUUGCUUAGAUGGUAA